AUGCGCUCUUCCUCCUCCUCGACCUCUUCAUCGCUGGCACUUCAAGGGCUGUGGGCUUGCGAAGAUCGACGGCGCCUCUGUGCAAAGCCUUUCUGGACGGCUCUGGGAUUCGCGCCUGGCGGCCAUGGUGGCGCUAUUGAAGGUAUUUUUGAGCAUCCUUUUGCCUUUUGUUUCUUCAAGCUGGCAGACGAUUCUCAAGCAUGUUGCUGCUGCUCCCAGUUGGCAAAGGGUGGAGCCUUGAUAUUUUUCCAUUCGCCUAUGUGGAGUCACGGCUGGAGUUGCCAGGCUUACUUCUAUGUGAAGUUGCAAUUGGCUGCAUGA